AUGGGUAUAAGCAUUUUUGUAAGAGACAGUUUUUGGGGUAGGCUCAUCUACCACUUAUCUAGUCACAAGUAUUUCUACCACAAGGAAGAAAGUCUCGAUUAUGUCAUCCCAGAUAAAUAUCUUCAAAAAGUGAUGUCAGUAGAAUCUGACAACAAUAAAGCUGAAGUCAACAACGAACAAGGCGUCCAACUUGAAUCCGAUAAUUCUGGGACGACUUCUUCAGAUGAAAGAAUCAUCGUAACUUGGGAUGGAGAAGAUGAUCCAAACAAUCCAAAGAACUGGCCAAUGUAUUUAAAAGUGUUGAUCAUAAUACAAGUUUGCUUUUUGACAAUUGUGGUGUACAUGUCAUCAGCUAUCUUCACCCCGGGAAUUGAAGUUAUGAUGGAGGAUUUAAAAAUUUCACGAGUUGAAGCAACUUUGCCCAUGACUAUGUUCGUUAUUGGUUACGGUAUCGGACCAAUGUUCUUGAGCCCAAUGAGUGAAAGUGCAGUCUUCGGCAGAACCAACAUUUAUAUCAUCACUUUGUUCUUAUUUUUCAUUUUACAGAUCCCUAUUUCGAUUGUCAAUAACAUAGGAGGAUUGGCUGUUUUGAGAUUCUUCAGUGGAAUUGUUGCUAGUCCUUCAUUAGCAACCGGUGCGGCUUCUAUGGGAGACAUUACCAAGAUGCCAUAUUUGCCCAUCACCAUUGCUAUUUGGUCGGUAUCAGCAGUUUGUGGGCCAUCACUAGGCCCAAUAUUUGGAUCGGUUUUGGUCAUCAAGAGGGAUUGGCAUUGGACUUUCUGGUUGAUUGCAAUGACUUCGGGGAUUUCUUUGAUUAUAUUCAGCAUAUGCUUACCCGAAACCUUUGAAAAGACCUUACUCUUAAGGAAAGCCAGAAGGUUAAGGAAAGUCACAGGUAAUCCAAAUAUAGUCAGUGAAGGAGAAUUGGAAAACGAAAACCUCAAUAUCAGGGAAAUGACUGUUGACAUUUUAUGGAGACCUUUUGAAAUUAGUUUCUUUGAGCCUGUGGUAUUGUUGAUUAACAUCUACAUUGCCUUGAUAUACUCCAUGAUCUAUCUUUGGUUCGAAGCUUUCCCCAUCGCCUAUUUGGAAACUUACCAUUUCACUUUGGUCACCAUGGGAGUUGCAUACAUGAGUGUAGCAGUAGGAGUCUUUGUGGGUGCUUCAAUCUAUGUCGUUUUGAUCUACAAAAAAUUUAUCAUCCCAUUCUUCGAACAGAAACCAAUUUCUCCCGAGACAUUCAUUCCUAUCAUGAUUGUUGGCUCUAUUAUUAUGCCAAUGGGGAUUUUUGUAUUCGGCUGGACUGUCAGUCCAGAUACCCAUUGGAUUGGAUCCAUGAUAGGAGCUGGGUUAUUUUCUGUUGGAUCAUUUAUCACUUUCCAAUCUUCAUUCUUGUACUUGGCUAAUUCUUUUCCUAGAUACUUAGCUUCAGUAUUCGCCGGUAAUGCAUUAUUCAGAUCAGACAUUGCUGCCGUUUUCCCCUUAUUUGGUGAUGCAUUAUUCAACAAUUUAGCCACUGAAAAGUUCCCUGUUGGUUGGGGUUCUUCUGUUAUUGCUUUCAUUUGUGUGGGUAUGAUCUUGGUACCUGUUUUGUUCUACUUGAACGGACCGAAGUUAAGAGCCAGAUCUAAAUAUUCAGGUUUUCACCAUCGUUAA